ACCAAACAACCGUAGUUUUAAAAAAAAACAUACCCAGGAUGUAGCUGACUAAAUGUAAGGGGGUUCAAAGCUAUUUUGUGACAUGGAUACAAACCAGUUAUUACAACAGAUUUGCGGUUUACUGUCAGCUCAGUGUCCAGUGGCAGAAAAGUUUCGCUUCUGUCUCAUGUCAACACCGGAACCGUCCUCCCUUUCUUUACACUGAGCGCCAGCUGACGAUCACCCGACUUUUAACCCCGGUAGAGUUAAUCAGUACAAGAGGGAGCGAGUUGAAAUGCUGGAAACUACAGCAGCCCUGCGGAGCUCUUUGUAGCUGUCUGCAGCUGGAAGCGAUCGAUGGAUUUCCACCAACUUUGCACUUUUGAAACUUUCCAGCAGCUCUGGAGUCACUACGGUUAUGGAGGAAACUUCCCAGACGUGAUCGAGCAGGAGUUCAGACGGAUUAAAGGCGCUACAUACCUGGACCAUGCAGCAGCCCCUCUGUACCCAGAGUCUCUGGUCAGGGACUACUGCAGGGACAUUUCAACUAAUGUCUACGGAAACCCUCACAGCCAUAACCCCAGCAGCAGACUGACACACGACACUGUGGAGGGGGUGAGAUACAGGGUAUUGCAGCAUUUUAACACCACCCCUGAGGAGUACUCUGUGAUUUUCACUUCUGGUUGUACAGCCGCUCUCAAAUUAGUGGCUGAGAGCUUUCCCUGGAGGCCACCAACUGAGAGCGAGGCAGGGAGUCACUUCUGCUACCUCACAGACAGCCAUACCUCUGUAGUUGGCAUGAGAGGGCUGACUUCUGGCCAGGGGGUAGUUGCCCUGCCUGUCUCCCCGCUGGAAUUGGAAAACAGAUCAAAAGAUGAGGCUCAAGGUGAAGAUGUUAUUUGCGAGACACCGCACCUCUUCUGCUACCCAGCACAAAGCAACUUCUCUGGGAGGAGGUACCCCCUUAGCCAUGUGAAAAGCAUCCAAGCGAGAUGCCUUUACCCAGCAUGUGACCACCAAGGCCGCUGGUUUGUGCUGCUCGACGCAGCCUCUUAUGUCAGUUGUUCCUCUCUAAACCUACAGGACUGCCCCGCUGAUUUCAUUUCCAUCUCUUUCUACAAGAUGUUUGGCUUCCCUACAGGUCUGGGGGCCCUUCUUGUCCGCAACGACGCAGCAGGCAUACUGAAAAAGACUUAUUUUGGAGGAGGCACAGCAGCAGCUUACCUUUCAGGAGAAGAUUAUUAUGUGCAGGCGGCAAACAUUUCUGACAGAUUUGAAGAUGGAACUGUCGCUUUCUUGGACAUCAUCGCUGUAAAUCACGGGUUUGAAGCUCUUUACAGGAUCACAGGGAGCAUGCACAAUAUCCAGCAGCACACGUUCGGGUUGGCACGCUACUCAUACGUGCUGCUGUCAAGUCUUUGCCAUGGCAACGGGAGACCGGUGGCUCAGAUGUACACUGAAGGCCAGUUUGAGAGUCCGAUCACACAGGGCGCAAUUCUGAACUUCAACCUCAUGGAUUCUAAUGGACAGAUAAUUGGGUAUUCACAGGUAGACAGAAUGGCCAGUCUGUACAAUAUUCAUGUGCGCACAGGUUGCUUCUGCAACACGGGGGCCUGCCAAUCCUUCCUUGGGAUCACCAACGAGCAGAUGAAGAGGAACCUGCAGGCUGGCCACGUCUGCGGAGACAGCAUCGACCUAGUGGAUGGCCAGCCGACCGGAUCAAUUCGAGUGUCCUUUGGCUACAUGUCAACAUUUGAAGACUGUCAAAAGUUCCUGAACUUUGUUGCUGAGUGCUUCGUAGAGAAACCGGUCACGGUGGACCAAGAGAGGAUGCAGAAGCUAAAAACAGCCACAACAGCAUCAGAGGCCUCCAAAGAAUAUCCUUUAAUAAAAGUUACUAAUGGAGAAAUAUAUAAAGUAGAGGAAAAGAAGCCCACGGAAGCAUCACUGAAGGGAUUUGGACACAGAGACUCAAACAGCCAUGGGGAGGCUUAUACUCUAACCAACAUCUACAUAUAUCCCAUCAAGUCUUGUGGAGCGUAUGAGGUCCACGACUGGCCGGUGGGACCGCUGGGUUUACUGUACGACAGAGGCUGGAUGGUGGUGAAUGAAAACGGCGUGUGCCUGAGUCAGAAGAGAGAGACACGUUUAUGCCUCAUUCGCCCACAAGUGCACCUUCCCUCAAACAAAUUGCUCCUGCAGGCAUCAGGGAUGGAUACCAUUUCGGUUCCUUUGGAAAACAACACUCAAUUGCACACAGGCAUUCGGGUGUGUCACAGUAAAGUUUGUGGUGACAGGGUGGAGACUGUCGACUGUGGGGACGAGGCUGCAUCGUGGCUUUCAGACUUCCUUGGACAGCCGUGCCGCCUGAUAAGACAAAGACCUGAUUUCACCCGAGAAAUGAAAAAGAGGCUUGGCGGAGCAACCACCUCCUCAUCCCUCUCCCUGGUGAAUGAAGCUCAGUAUCUCAUGAUCAACCAUGCCAGCGUGGAGCUCAUUCAGAAACUAAUGAGCAGCAGGCAGGACGAUUCUGAGGGUGAUCAGCUCCUUGACAGGCAGAAUGUCAUUAGCCGCUUCCGAGCCAAUUUAGUCAUCGCUGGAGUAGAACCAUUUGAGGAGGAUAAUUGGUCACACUUGAUUAUUGGCAGCACUCGAUUCAUGGUUGCAGGUCCAUGUGGAAGGUGCCAGAUGGUUGGAACAGACCAGGACACUGGGACUAAAACAAAAGAGCCGCUAAUGUCCUUGUCUGCUGCUCGCACCGGGAAGGUGACUUUUGGUGUGUACCUGAGCCAUCAGCUUCCAGAAAGCUCUGCUGCAGCCACUGUUCUGUCCGUUGGUUCCCAUGUACAGCCUGAGCCACACAGUUCUUGAAGUAUUGAUCUCCAACAUCCUCUUUAUUCAUUUUGGUGACUAUUUUUAGUCCAAAUUUCUCCACUUCACAUCUUAAAGAUCACAUGUGGGGAGUUUUGGUAGAUGCUUCUCUUUUUUUGUCUGUGCAGCACUUGUGUCCUCUCAUGUGCCCUUUUCAUAUUGUACAUUAACAUAUUUAGUCUAUUUUGAUGGGAAAUGUAUGAGAAUUAUGAUUUUUCCCCCCAAACGAUGUUCUUAAAAUGUGUGCAAUAAAGGGGUUGCAUAAUAUUAACUACA